AUGAGGGCUAUAUCAACUGUAGCAGUUAAACCGUUAUGUCAACGAUUUUAUUCCAUAGCAAUACCAGCCACAGGUGUUGAAGGAAGAUUACCACUUUAUGAUACGAAUAAACAUAUUAAACCGAACAACAUAAACCAAGCAGUAACCAUCACUGAUCCAUUUCAAAUAUAUCAAAAUUACAUACUGUUGGGAAUACUAGAGAAAGAUGAGUUACAAUUAAGAGUCAUGAAAGAAUUUCAAAAACUUUAUCAUAGAGUGAUUGAUUAUACACCACCAGAAGAAUUGUCAAUUAAAUUAAGUCUACUAUUGAGAGAAAUUGAAAUUAAACAAUCUGAAAUCAAUAUGAGAAGGCGAAGUAAAUCACCAUUCAAGUUUUUAAGUCAAAAUCCAGAAAAAACAAAAAAAUCUUUGGUCAAGUUUAUGACGGAUGAAGAGGAACUUUCAAAUUUUGCUUCACCUCAAGGUUUACUAGUUCAUGGUGAUGUAGGAAGUGGGAAAUCCCUACUAAUGGAUAUUUUUGCUUCAUCAUUGCCACAUAAAUCUAAGAUGAGGUGGCAUUUUAACAAUUUUAUACUUUGGGUAUUCAAUGAAAUGCAUAAUAUUCAACAACAUAGGUCAAAAAUAAUGGAUCAUACAGAGCUCAAACAUACCAUGGAAAAUGAAUUUAUUUUAUAUGAAAUUGCUCAAAAAAUGAUUGCAAAAAACACAAUUUUAAUGCUUGACGAAUUCGUAUUACCUGAUAUAGCUAGUGCUAAUAUCAUUAAAAUAUUAUUUACAUUUUAUUUUAAACUUGGUGGAGUUUUGAUUGCAACCUCCAAUAAAUUACCAGAAGAAUUAUACUCCACACAAUUUCAUAAAUUAAAGUUCAAAAGCUUUGUAGGAAUAUUGAAUUCCAGAUGUCAAACUAUUGAUAUGAAAUCAACAAAAGAUUAUCGAACCUAUUUUGCUAGUGAAUCUAAUCAAGAGCCUUAUUUGGUUGUACGUAGAGAUAAUGAAGCAAACCAAGAUCAAAUAUGGGAUCAUUUAAUUAAGACAAAAGCAUUAGGCAUACCAGAAGAUUCUAAUUUAAUGGACAAAUCUUUGAAAGAACUUGGAAAACCAUCGGAAGUACGAGUGUAUAACAGAACCACUAAAAUCCCACUAAGUUUCAAUGACGAUACAAUUUGUUAUUUAGAUUAUGGCGAAAUAUGCCAAGGUUUAACCUCAUCUUCCGAUUACAUAACAAUCACAUCCAAGUACAAAACCAUCAUCCUAGACAAUGUACCCAUAAUGACAACAAAAAUGAAAAAUGAAGCACGAAGAUUUAUUACUUUAUUGGAUGCCGUUUAUGAAUCAAAAUGUCAAUUUUUUAUGAGAAGUCAAGUCGAUAUUGACUACCUUUUCUUUCCUGAUGCGUUAAAAACUGAAGAUAAAGAAUUCCAAGAGUACCUCAAAUUACAUUUAAAAUCAGAGGGAAAUGAAGAUAGAUUGGAGGUUCAAGACGAAGAAAUGUUUGCUAAAACUUCAAUUGCAAUGCUGAAUCCAUAUAGACCAAACAUUGUCUCUUAUGAUCUGGAAAAGACAGAACAUUAUAAUGAGCCAAGCUCCACGAGAACUGUUCCAAAAUCAAAUUAUUCUAAUAUAAAAGCAUUUCAAGGAGAUGAUGAAAAAUUUGCAUUUAAAAGAGCUGUGUCAAGAAUCAAAGAAAUGGUUUUAUCUGAUAAUUGGAGAAAACAAGAUCGUUGGAUUUCAUUGCAUGAUGAAAUGAGACCUUGGGAGAAUGUUAAAGAUAAAUCAGUUUCUAAGGUCAUUCCAUCGACAAAUUUCACGAGUAAUGAUGACAAAAAUAUGGAGAAUUUAAUGAAGGAUAAUUCUAUGAAAGAUAUUAUUGAAAAUUUAAGUGUUACGUUACCGAAGGACUAUACUCAAAGUAAAAACAUUCCAUUCAGAUUAUUUAACUCAAAAAUAGCACCUAUUUUUGAUAAUUUACAAAAUUUUUGGGCAAUGGGUUCAUGGACUAGUUCACAGGGUAAAAGAUUGAAAGAUCGUAUAGGACGAAGUUGGAUUAGAUCUAGUAUUAGAGAUCAUAAAUAG